GUCGCGGGGCGGCAGCGGCGAGCGCAGCCCCCGCGCCUCUUCCCUCCGCCGUCCCCGCUCCAUCGGGAAGGACGUGGCUGUUAUAUGAAGACCCUGUGUGGACAGUAAUGACCGCACGUUUCCGAUUGCCUGCUGGCAGAACCUACAAUGUACGAGCAUCUGAGCUGGCACGAGACAGGCAGCAUACGGAGGUGGUCUGCAACAUUCUUCUCCUGGAUAACACUGUACAAGCUUUCAGAGUUAAUAAACAUGAUCAGGGACAAGUUCUAUUGGACGUAGUCUUCAAGCAUCUCGAUUUGACAGAGAGAGAUUACUUUGGUUUACAGUUGGCUGAUGAAUCUACUGAUAACCCUAGGUGGUUGGAUGCAAACAAACCUAUCAGAAAACAAUUAAAAAGAGGAUCUCCUCACAGUUUGAACUUCAGAGUUAAGUUUUUUGUAAGUGACCCAAACAAGCUCCAAGAAGAAUAUACAAGGUACCAGUAUUUUUUGCAAAUUAAGCAGGACAUUCUUACUGGAAGAUUGCCCUGUCCUUAUAAUACUGCUGCUCUUCUGGCUUCCUAUGCUGUUCAAUCCGAGCUGGGAGACUACAACCAUUCAGAAAACUUACCAGGCUACCUCUCAGACUAUUCUUUCAUCCCUAGCCAGCCUCAAGACUUUGAAAAAGAAAUAGCAAAAUUACAUCAGCAGCACAUAGGGCUGUCUCCUGCAGAAGCAGAGUUCAAUUAUCUCAAUACAGCACGUACCUUAGAACUUUAUGGAGUUGAAUUGCACUAUGCAAGGAAUCUCUCCUCUCUGUGUUCUGAGAUUGCAAUUUCCUUUCAGGAUCAGAGUAACAAUGAAAUAAUGAUUGGAGUGAUGUCAGGUGGAAUACUGAUUUUUAAAAACAGAGUACGAAUUAACACCUUUCAGUGGUUGAAGAUUGUAAAAAUUUCUUUUAAGUGCAAACAGUUUUUUAUUCAACUUAGGAAAGAAUUGCAUGAAUCUAGAGAAACGUUACUGGGAUUCAAUAUGGUGAAUUACCGAGCUUGUAAGAAUUUGUGGAAAGCUUGUGUUGAACAUCACACGUUCUUCCGUUUGGACAGACCACUCCCCCCUCAGAAGAACUUUUUUGCACAUUAUUUCACUUUGGGUUCCAAGUUCCGGUACUGUGGGAGAACAGAGGUCCAAUCUGUGCAGUAUGGUAAAGAAAGAGCAAACAAAGACAGGGUAUUUGCAAGAUCCCCCAGUAAACCCUUGGCACGGAAAUUAGUGAGUGGGAUGGACUGGGAAGUGGUGAGUAGGAACUCACUGUCUGAUGAUAGGUUGGAAACACAGAGCUUACCAUCACGGUCUCCACCUGGAACACCAAAUCAUCGCAACUCUGCCUUCACUCAAGAAGGAGCCCGGUUACGACCCUCAUCAGUUGGACAUUUAGUGGACCAUGUAGUUCACACUUCCCCGAGUGAAGUAUUUGUAAAUCACAGAUCACCGUCUUCCACCCAGGCUAACAGCAUCAUACUGGAAUCAUCACCAUCUCAAGAGACUCCUAUAGAUGGGCAGCCUCCUGCAUUACCACCCAAACAAUUUAAAAAGAACAGUUGGAACCAAAUUCAUCAUUCACAGUCACAGCAAGAACUGGAUAACCAUAUUAAUGAAACAUUUGAUGUUCCUGCAUCACCUGAAAAAUCCACACCAAAUGGUGGUGUCCCCCAUGACAAUCUUGUUAUGAUCAGAAUGAAACCAGACGAAAAUGGAAGGUUUGGCUUCAAUGUAAAGGGUGGAUACGAUCAGAAGAUGCCAGUAAUAGUGUCCAGGGUAGCUCCAGGAACACCUGCUGAUCUCUGUGUCCCUCGUUUGAAUGAAGGGGACCAGGUUGUACUGAUUAAUGGCAGGGAUAUAGCAGAACAUACCCAUGAUCAAGUUGUUAUGUUUAUUAAAGCUAGCUGUGAGAGACACUCAGGGGAACUUGUGCUCCUAGUUCGACCCAAUGCUGUCUAUGAUGUUGUGGAAGAGAAGCUGGAGAGUGAGCCUGACUUCCAGUACAUCCCUGAGAAAUCUCCACUUGAUGGUGUCCAUCAAGAUGACAAUGCUCUGAGGGAAUCCAUGAUUCAGCUAGCAGAGGGGCUUAUCACUGGAACUGUUUUGGCUCAGUUUGAUCAAUUGUAUAGGAAAAAGCCUGGAAUGACAAUGUCUUGUGCCAGAUUACCUCAAAACAUUUCCAAAAAUAGAUACAGAGACAUUUCGCCUUAUGAUGCUACACGGGUUAUUUUAAAAAGUAAUGAAGAUUACAUCAAUGCAAAUUAUAUAAAUAUGGAAAUCCCUUCUUCCACAAUAAUAAACCAGUACAUUGCUUGUCAAGGUCCAUUACCGAACACUUGUCCUGAUUUUUGGCAGAUGACUUGGGAACAAGGCUCAUCAAUGGUUGUAAUGUUAACGACUCAAGUUGAACGAGGCAGAGUUAAAUGCCAUCAGUACUGGCCAGAGCCAUCAGGAAGCUCAUCAUACGGGAAUUUCCAGAUUACCUGCCAUUCAGAAGAAGGAAAUCCUGCUUAUGUCUUUCGAGAAAUGACAUUGACUAACCUGGAGAAAGAGGAAAGCCGCCAACUAACCCAAAUCCAGUAUAUAGCAUGGCCUGAUCAUGGGGUUCCUGAUGAUUCCAGCGAUUUCCUAGAUUUUGUGUGUCUCGUGCGAAAGAAGAGGGCUGGCAGAGAAGAACCUGUUGUUGUUCAUUGCAGUGCUGGGAUUGGACGGACAGGAGUUCUUAUCACUAUGGAGACAGCUAUGUGUCUUAUUGAGUGCAAUCAGCCUGUUUAUCCAUUAGAUAUUGUAAGAACCAUGAGAGAUCAAAGAGCCAUGAUGAUCCAAACACCUAGUCAAUACAGAUUUGUAUGUGAAGCUAUUUUGAAGGUGUAUGAAGAAGGAUUUAUUAAACCUUCACAAGCAUCACUGCAUAAGUAAAGAGCAAAAAACCUAGGAUAUCAGUUGAGGAAUCCUGUCCUCUAUAAUGAACUGGCAGCAUUCUUUGUGCCAUAAUACUGCUUGCAGGAAAUUAUAGUGAAGUACAGCAAAGAAUUGACAGAGGACUUUUGAAAACUUCAGCACUGUUGCACUUUACGUUGAAACAAAAUCAGUCUCAAACUCUUCUAACGUUCAUCUCUUUGAAGACUUUAUUUUCGUGCUUUGCUCCGAACAAACGAUAAACUGAAAGAACUAAUUGUGUUCAGGGUAAUCUACGAUAUUUCAUUGUAGUGCCAUAUACUGCGCUUCUGGUUGAAUUGCUACAAACAAGGCUUGGAAUUAUUUCACUCUGUUUUACACCCAUGUCUCUUAAAAUGAAAAACAAAUGAAAAAAUACACUAAGCCAUGGUCUUUUUCCAGUGCUAGGUUUAUUUACUAUGUACAGACUCUCACUGUUUUGUUUUUUACAACAUUAGCAAUAUUGCCAAUACUAGAUAGAUACACACUGCCUACUGAUGCAGCACACUUUGUCCUACACCCUUACUAGAGACCAGCUGGUUGUUAGAGGAAAGCUGGCGUCUGUGUUAACCCAGCAGUAGCUGCAUAAAGCCCACUUACCAGCAUCUUGUAUAAAAUAAUAACAAUAACAAUAAAAAUUAAAAAAAAAAAAUAAACAGCAUUUCUUUGACACAGCUUGUGUGUCAUACACUGGUGUAUUCUGAUUCGUGUGAUUUAAGAUUACGUGAUGGGAACUAGUGCAUGCAUUAUGUCUUAACCCCUUAAGUGCCUUGAGACUUACAGCGUACAUCCAGUGAAAGGCACUCAUGAUUCUGUGGGGGUGGUAUUGUCCUGUCAUAUUUAUCUUAAUGGGUUCAGAUUUUAAAACGGCCCUUGGUGCUUGGAAUGUGUUACAGCAAGGGGUCAUGGAAAUACCAUUCCCUCUUCCCUUACACAAGUACCUGCAUGCUACUCUUGGUAGCAAAAGCACCUCUGCCAACUUAAUGAAUGAGCAUUGUAUGCUGCUGUGUUGUAAUUAUGUGAAAAAUCUGACACAUUCCUCCAUUCCUUCCAACUAGUAACUUACUAGCAGCUUACUAUGAAAUGCUGGUAGGUCAUUAGAAGCUGAUACUUUGUUUCAUCUUCUUAUUGAGAAUAGCUGUCUUGAAUAGGACAUAACUCUCUAAUAGCACUGAUAAUUAAGCUGAAUUUACAAUCAGAUGUGAUUUAAUUCCAUUAUCUGCUAACCAAUUACUUUUUAAGUCCUCAUAGUUGAUUUCAAGCCAUGUUAGUACAGGUCUGCCUUUUUUUUUUUUUUUUUUUUAAUUGUUUGGGGGGGCUGGGGAGGGAAGGGAGGAGAACACUAUGAAGUUGUCCCAGAACUUUAAUUCCAUAAUGACCCCAGUCGUCUUCUGUUAUGCUUGUGCAAAAUUGUUCCAGUUGGUAUGGGUUGCUUCUUAUUUAAGUAGGUAGAAGAUUUGUAAGAAAUGUCUGUCUGAUACAGUAUCUGAGCUCAUUCUAAAGAUACAUACAUGUUCCAGUUUUUAAAUAUUUUUCCAGUAUAGCAGAAACCAAGUCAGAAGCAAGGUAUCCAAUGUAAUAUACUGUAGGAAAAAAAUCAGUCACUUCUUUGACUGCCCUGUGACAACAUAACUUUGUGCCCUGUAUUUAAAAGUUUUAAUUUAUUGUAUUGGUUUUCUGAAAAUGUUUAUCCAGUAAAUUUUGUUGUAAGCUAUAUAGAGCAUAGAAUUAAAAUGGAAAAGUCUACGCUAAAUAAUUUUUAACUAUGGAAGAAUUAUAUUAUAUAAUAUACUGUGUUCUGUGGACAUUUGAAAGAGAUCAGCUAUGAACUAUUAAGUGAAAAGGGAUUCAGGCAAAGUUAAAUCCUGUCUUAUGACUUAGUAAUAAACAUGAACCACAAUGCCAAAUGGAAGAUAGAGUUUUAAAUAUUUUUGGAGAACAAAAUCAUAUUAGGUGGCCUGUGGCCCUAUUACUUAUAUUUCUAGAGUUGAUGCUUAAAUCAGUAUUAUCCCUCAGUGAAAAAUGAAUCUUACAAGAAUCUCUGGAUCUGAUAAACUGAAAAAGAGUGAUAAGGUAGCUUUAAUCUCAGUUUUACAUUAAGCCAUUUGCAACAAAAGAAAAUUCUUCUUUAGGAAAGUGUAAGCUUUAACUUCCACGUGACAAGAUUAUUAUCUGAGAUGCAGGCUAGCUGGAAGGUUAUUUUAAACUCAGCACUUAUUGUCUAAAAAUUAAAAGAAUUCAUCCAUUAUAUUGAAAUAACUUUUCUUCAUAGUCAAGUUGAACAUAGCAUUUGCCCUUUUUUUCUGAGGGAAAUCAGAAAUGGAGUUUAUAGCAACAUUAUAUUGUGUUGGUAUGUCACAUAUUUAAAUAUUCUUAUGUAACGUUGCCAAAGCAGUUUGAAUUCAAAAGACCCAUUUAUACCACAAUUAAGUGUGGGAUAUUUAUUGGUCAUCUAUCGUUACUGUUUUGAUUACAAACACAGGCAAGAAUAAUAGGUCUCUUCAGAAUCUUCCUCUGCACUGACUUAAGCGGAUUUGUAGUGUACUAACUAGUUGCACUGGGAAAAAAAAAUGGAACAAAGUAACUAUUCUCAGAUAAUUGGCCAUCAGUAACUCAGUGGCUUUUUGGCUUUUCCAAAGCCAGGAUAGUGGUAACAAAAAACUGAUCAGGAAAGAUAAUAGCACUGAGGCCUUUGUGCACCAUAAAUCAUUUGUUCAAAUGUUUCUACCUGUUGUGGUAUAAAUGGCCUUUAAAAUAUUUUUAUAUGGCCAGAAAAGCAAAACUACUAAAUAUAUUACUUUGAGUUAUGAAGAUCUGUAUCAUCCUUAAGAGUUUUUUAAAGAAGCUUUUGUAUGUUUCAUGCUGUACGAGACAUGAAUGUAUCUUUCAGACUAAUGACCUAUAGACCUAUAUGUGAUUGGUGUUAUGACUGUUGGAUUUUAUGAAUAAUUAUUUUCAUACCAUUUGAUUAGGAAAAAUGUUGGGUGGGUGUGGGAAAGAGUAUGUUUGUAACACUUCUGUGAUACAAAUCCAGUUUAAAAAAAAAAAAAAAAAAAAAAGGAAAAAAGUUUUCAUUGUAAAUAAGAGCAAUAUUAUGACAAUUUUGUGCCAAUGUGUAAUGUUAAGACUUUUGUUUUCCUUUUAGGUUUGGAUUGAAAACCUACCUACCACUACCAUCUCUUGUUUAAAGUGGAUUUGAAGGGGUUUUUUUAGUAGAAAGACGUGGGGCUGCAGGGGGGGCUUUAAGUGUUUUGGGGGCAUGUUUUAUUCUUUUCUAAAUAUGAAAUAAGAUGCAGGUAUUUUUUAAUAAACCACCCACAGAUUGUCAGCCAAUCCACUUUGAGAAAUACUGCUUUAGAUAGAUAAGUGAGAGCUGAAGAAUUCAUUUAUCCUGAAUUUGGAAGCAUUUAUUAUUUUAAAUAUCUCAAGUCUUAAGCGGUAAAAUACUGCUUUCAUGCAUUUUAUUUUAAUAUAUUCUCUCCCGGUUAUGAAAAAGAUAAAGCAUGAUAUUUUUUUCUCGCUGCAUUUAAUGCUAGCUGAUAUUUCUUCCACAUUUCCGUUGAAACGUUUAAAGCUUAUGUUCCACUUAGAUAAAGAAAUAACACUUCUAGAAUAUCUGAUUACGGUUUGGCAUGCCAUCUAUUAGAGAAAGGGUGAGAAAGCAGUUGGGAGAUUAAGGAACAUGAGGAAUUUGUUACGGAACCUGCGUAGCUGGCAACUUUCCACGGAGACCUUCCAAAAAGCUUUGUGGUACCCAUGGAAGGGCCAAAAUGCAGCAGCAGAUCUGCUGGAGUUGCACCGUCCAGGGAGCCCAGAAGUGGGGAGGUCUGGUGUAGAGGUGCUGGAGAUCUUGGUAUGCUGUGGAGCUGAAUUAUGUCGUAUUUUUAUGCUUCUGCAGUGUGUGUGCAGGUGUGUGGGUGAUGGGAAUUAGCAUGAAAAACUCUACGGAUCCACCAAUUUUCAAGUGAAACCAGGUUGACCAAUAUGCAUGUGGUAGUUUUGGCUAUAGAGCCACGGUGCAGGCAAUCUUCAAGACCCUCAGCCCUGAGAAUAAAGGCAGGGAUAGUUUUAUGGUUCAAAUUAAACUUCUGCAUAUUGGGACUUCCACAAAGUGCAAGAGUGGUGUCCAUUAAUGGCACUUGCAGUCUUUUUGUAGCUCACAUCUCAGGUCCCCAACUGGCUGGGUGCAUUUGCUAAUUAAAGUACCCACCUUUUGUCUCAAGACUGGAAAAGCUCUUUUCCAUUGCUACUUUUAGUGCUAGGAACCAAUAUAAGAAUCUGGUAAAAACAUAUUCAUUGAUUGGAUGUGGAUCUUGCAUGAAAUUGCAGGGAUUAUAAUUAGUGGCAAUUGGGAAGCUAUUACAAUGGGAAAAUGGUUUGUUUGCUUCAGUGUAACUGUUUUGUCCAGUCUCUCUUAUCCCACUGCAGUUAUAAAUUGAAACUGGGUUUUUUGUUUUCUUUUUGGUUUAGCACUCUGCAAAGGAAGCCAGUUUGUUAUCACUGGACUUCACCUCUCUGCUGGUUGCUACCAUGAGUGUGCAUCUUUUCAGUUCGUAGGGCUCUGGCUGUUGGCUUUAGCAUGUUGGGCUCAUUGAGAGCUCAAUGGUAAAAAUUUGAGAUAAAUCACUUU